AGCGAGUAAACCCUCCUGAUUAGAUUGCAUGAAAACAAAGAACUAUGGCUUCUCAGACAAAAGUCGUGAUGCUUCUUAUUCUCGCCACAGCAGGAGCAGCUUUGGCGGCUGCUCAUCACAUUGUGAAAGUUCUGCCAGCAAAGACUGUAUUUCCUAAGAACUGCCCAACUGGAUGGACCUUCUAUUCUGGUCGCUGCUACUUGUACAAUGCCGCCAGACUGGAUUGGGCUUCUGCAGAGAAAUUCUGUCAGAAAUUUGAUGCACACUUGGUCUCAAUACACAGUGAGAAUGAAUAUCAGCGGAUAAAGGCUCUUAUUCAUACUCAUGACCCCACGGCGUAUCCAACAUACAUCGGCCUCAGUGGCUGUCAGAAGCCUAAGCAUUUUUUUUGGUCUGAUGGCACCAAAUUGACUUUCACCAAGUGGAAUCCAGGAGAACCAAAUAAUGUUAAGAAAAGAGAGGGCUGUGUGCAUAUGAACUGGUCUUCCUACAAAAACUGGAAUGAUAUUCCAUGUGACAAGAGCUAUCCCUCUGUGUGUGCCAAGAAAAGUGGCUGAAAAGCUUCCUACUGCAUCUCACCAAAUAUAAUACAAUAUUUUUUCUCGUCACUGAUUAAUUCAUAAAAUGAUUCUGUGGCAGACUUCCAUAACUUCAGCAAUAAAAAAAAUCUAAAAAAAAAUGUAUAAAUAAAAAUAAAAAGUUAUGUUCUAUAUGA